CGGUGCAGGGUAUUUAGCACUCUGUCUCUCUUGACUAGGAGGCGGGAAAAGAGUGGGAGUGGUCUGUUAAGAAAUGUUGCGCCUGCGGGGUUUGGGAGGGCGGAAAAACGGGAACUACUACCUAAAUUCAUCCUCUUCUUUUCCUCUUCCCUCCUCGAUACCCACGGUGUAGGGAACCUACCUUGAAACAAUGUAUCUGAGGCCCAGGCUUGUUUGGGAGAAGUCCUCCUGGAGCUAAGCCUAAAAAGGAAGCUGAGGGAGGGAGGGGACCUGCCUAAUGCAAAAGCCUUGAAUUUCCUAUGGUUUGCGUUCUCCAAGACCCACCUGUAGUGAGUCACCAGCUUUGCUAGCUCCACGUGGGUCCACUCCAAAUUCUUAACCCUCCGGUGUGACCAAAACACGCCAUUCUAUGUUUCCGUUCUUCUAUAACAUGUUUCUACCACCUACUCCAUCUUUUUCUUUGUAUUGUCACCCUGACUAGGGACGCAACACUCCCUCCUCCUUCCUCUUCCCUCCUCCCUCUCCCGCCUUCUAACCCGAUUCUGUUGGUCCCUCUCUGCUCCCCGCCCCCUUCCUCCUUACCUAGCUCCCUCCUGCCGUAAGUGGCCACGCCUGUGACCUCUGUCUUGUGGUCCCCCACCCUGCUUGCCUAGGUGAGCUGAUCUCAUGAGCCGGGAAAUACAAAUUUUAGAGAUACUCCAGGAAUUGAAAAAUGAAGAGUUCGAGACUUUUAAGAAAAUUGUGUGUCAGCAAGAGGCAGAAGCAUCAACCUGGUCACUGCCAACUACCCCCCGGGAAGAUAUUGCCCAUCAUCUGGUGAGGUUCUGUGGCUCCAGAGCCCUGAAUGUGGUGUCCCAGACACUGGACCGUGUCCCUGCUCGGCACCUGUUGGAAAUGCUUGGAGAGCCUAAACUUGAAGAUAGUACUGGGAAACAGAAGACCGGCAUCAGUUCCCAUACUAGAAAAGAGCCUCCGAAAGGAUUAGCAGAGCAACUGGUGACCCAAAAAAUGCUGAUGAAGCUAGCCCAGCACGUGGGGAGUGAAUGGAAGGAGCUGGGUAUAAUGUGCCUGGACCUUCAGCAGCAUCAAUUGGAUAGACUGGAUGAAGAUCACUCUAAAACCACUACAAGCACUCGAAUCUUCAACAUGUUCCUGCUGUGGAGGAAUCGAGAGAAGGAAAAAGCCACAGUUCUAAGUCUCUACAACCUUUUGUCUAAGAGCAUUUCCAUUAGUCCUGAGGCCCUUGCUGUACUUCUGGAGGGAAUGUGACUCCUGCUCCAAAGGAUAAUGAACUUCAGAUCCUUUUUCUGGUUAAAGGCCAACUGGUACCAAGGAGGAGAUGCUCUGGAAUGCUAACAUGAUGUAUCCUUGAAAAUAUUAUUCCCCCACUAUAUGAAUAAAUUAAUUUUCUAUUUUAAA